AGGCAGAAGGAGAAGACAGCCUUAAAAAGAUGCAGCUGAUGGAGCUUGCAAUUCUGAAUGGCACCUACAGAGAUGCCAACAUCAAAUCACCAACAGCCCAGGCUCCAAGGAUUAUUACUGGGCCUGCGCCUGUUCUCCCACCAGCUGCCCUGCGUACUCCUACGCCAGCUGGCCCUACCAUAAUGCCUUUGAUCAGACAAAUACAAACCGCUGUCAUGCCAAACGGAACUCCUCAUCCCACCGCUGCAAUAGUUCCACCUGGACCCGAAGCCGGUUUAAUUUACACACCAUAUGAAUACCCCUACACGCUGGCACCAGCUACAUCAAUCCUUGAGUAUCCUAUUGAACCUAGUGGUGUAUUAGGUAUGGCUUUCCCAACGAAAGGCUAAGAAUUCAAGAACGGUCUUAACUGAUCCUUCAUCAGAUCUGAAUUUUAACAAAUGCUUAGUUUCAGCAGCCUUGAAAAAAGCUUGGCCUAGCAGUCAGUGACUUACUUGCACUUUUUUGCACAUAGAUUUAAAAUAAAAUAGUGCUAUUAAUUUGGAUUAGCUCCUAUUAUUACAGAGUAGCUGUAAUUUAUGAGUGUAUAGUAGUAUACUGACUGCUAAGUGUUCUAUAUAGUGUUUGCUUUACUAAUCACCUAAUUCAUUGCAGUUCAUACUUAUUGACUUAAAGUUUAAAAUCACAAUCUGUAGGCUUGAAGAAUUGCUUUAAAACUUUUUUUGUGGUAGAACUGGAAGUGAUCUUAAGGUUAGCAAAUAAUUGUCAGUAUUAAAAGAUGGCAUUAUUUAAAAUAGUCCUGCUGCAAGAAAGGCACUUCAGUGAAUAUGUGACUAGUAAAGCUUAAAUGUGCUUGGGUCUAAUAGAUUUCAUGAAAUACUGUAAUUUUUGGGAUUGUAAAUGAAUGGAUUAAACAGGUUAAGGCCAGGAUGUUUAAAAUAAAUGCAAUAUUAAUCUGCACAGAUAAACUUCUUUUUAAGAGUAAGAUUUGAAACUACUGUGCCUUAACUUGUUGCUUUUCUUAAAAUGAACUUUUGUAGUUAAUGAUCAUUUAAAUCCAUUUUGAUAAACCUGCUGUUAAUGUUUUCUUUGAAUGUUUUCUAACUUUGUCUUGGUAAUUGCAAUUUAACUAGGUGCGGUGGCUACUAAAGUUCGAAGGCACGAUAUGCGUGUCCAUCCUUACCAAAGGAUUGUGACCGCAGACCGAGGUUAGUUUAGUUCUGCAGUUCUUGUUCGUAAGAAGUGCUCUGAGUGUACAUGAGAUUUGCAACACCACAGCUGGUUAACCAAAUACCCUAUUUGACCCAUUCGUUAUUUUUCUCAAAAAUCUGAAUAGUUAAUACUUUAAAGCGUUGGGAAUGCUUGCGGUUUUAAAAACGUUUUGUAAACUUGGCUUUCCCAGCUCAAUUAAAUGUAUAAACUUUGUGAUAUAUUUAAUAUAAAUGCUAUAACUGAUUCACUUUUAAAAACUAUUUAAAGAUCCAUCUGCAUCAGGAAACACUAUGAAUUCAGUGCUGCAAUAAUUAAUUUGGUCGUGUUCCCUCCCUUUCCCCCAAUUUGUUCUUUUAAUUGGUGUGGAAAUAUCAGAUUGGUGUUGCAAAAUA